AUGAUUAAUCCAAGGUACAGUACAGAUCUUAAACACUACCGGGUGUCGCGUGGCCUUCGAUGUAAUUCCAACUGCCUGGCGGCCUUAUCCUUAAAAGGACGGGGCGUCGGCGUUCUCGGCGUUCUAUCCUUAAAAGGACUGACGCUCCUUAAUAGUCUGAAGGCCGUGCCAUAUUUUCAUGUGUUUACAGGAUCUUGGCAACUUAUUAUCAAGAGCAUCAACGUACCAGAUAUUAUAAAAGUCAGCAAUGAUUACAUUAUUCUCGAUUGCGAUUACGAUCUCGAGAAUACAUCGAGCAAGGGCCUCGUCGUCAAAUGGUUUUUUAAUACCAACCAAGUAGUUUACCAAUGGAUCUACGGCAGACACCCAUUAGCAGAUGAACCAGCUGCGAAAUAUGUGGAUUUAACAUACAAAGCUAGCGAUGAUCCGUAUACCGAGUACCGAGCCAUGAAAUUGAAUAAACCAGGCAUUGAUCUUACUGGCGAGUACACAUGUGUUAUAUCUACAUUCGAGGAUGAGCGAACGGCGAAUGCAUUAAUGGUAGUGUAUUCGACAGAAGAAAAAUUCGAUCUUGUAUACACAAGAAAAGCUGUAAAUAACAAAAAUGGAGUCGAAAUAACAUGUUUGGCUGAAGGACUUUACCCUCAACCGACUUUAGAUAUCUCUAUUGAGUAA